CCCAACAAUGGUGAGAAUAUGCAAACAAAAAGCAGUACAUGCGUUCAGGCCUGAUCCAUACUUAGCCACUGUUCUGAAUUGCAUGAUGUGGUUUUUCUACGGUCUACCCCUUGUCACAGAAGACAACCUUUUGGUUUUUACUAUCAAUGGUACAGGUUUAGUUAUGGAGCUCAGCUAUGUCGCCAUCUUCUUCAUCUAUUCUCCCUGGACAAAGCGCCGGAGGAUCAUGUUUGUUCUUCUAUUUGAAGUGGUAUUCGCAGCUGUUGUGGUUUUCGUUACCUUAUUUUUUUUCCAUACCCUUAAAGAUAGAGCUAUGGUAGUGGGCAUAGUGUGUAUCAUCUUCAAUGUGAUCAUGUACACUUCUCCUUUAACAGUCAUGAAAAUGGUGAUCAAGACAAAGAGCGUUAAGUACAUGCCGUUUACUCUCUCAUUAGCUAACUUCUUGAAUGGUUGCAUUUGGGUUCUUUAUGCAAUUCUUAAAUUCGAUCCAUACGUCUUGAUACCCAAUGCUUUAGGAACAUUAUCUGGUAUAGUGCAGCUAGUACUCUACGCAGUUUUCUAUAGAACAACAAAUUGGGACGAUGAUGAUGAAGAAGAUAGACCACCCGAGGUUCAACUCGCCAGUGCUUGA